UAAUAAUAAAAUGGGCCGACGGAAUAUUAAACCGGCCCGUAACUGCCUGGGUUAGAGGCUUUCCCACAUGAUGAUGAUACCGUGUAUCAAACCCUAACGAAAUUUCCGUCGGAGCCGCUCUGCGAAAGCAUAAUCGAUCCCAGUCUAAGAGAAAGAAAUGUCGACAAUGGGAGAGCUUGCUUGCAGCUACGCUGUUAUGAUCCUCGAGGAUGAGGGUAUUGCCAUCACGGCCGACAAGAUCGCUACUUUGAUCAAAUCUGCUGGUGUUAGUUGUGAGUCAUACUGGCCAAUGCUAUUCGCCAAGAUGGCUGAGAAACGUAACGUCACAGACCUCAUCAUGAACGUUGGUGCUGGUGGGGGAGGUGGUGCACCAGUUUCUGCUGCUGCUCCAGCUGCCGGUGGUGGUGGUGGUGGUGCAGCAGCUGCCCCUGCCGCUGAGGAGAAGAAGAAGCAGGAAGAAGUAGCAGAAGAGAGUGAUGGAGAUUUGGGUUUCGGCUUGUUCGACUAAGCAGCCAGCAAUUACUAGUGUUUUUCUUGUUGGUUUUAUCUUUUUUGACACCUCCAGUAUUUUGUCGUACGAAUUACUACUUGGUUUGAUCUGCUCUAUAGAAGAUUUAAGUUGUUUUUUCUUUUGUUAGAAUUGAGUAUAACCAUUUUGGGAUUGGAAAAAUAUCUGCUGUUACAGAUGUGAGGAUCCUAAGUUUACCCAAAGAACAGCUCAAGUCUGAAAAGAAAAGCUUAACCAUAAGCAAA